AGAAGAGGAAGAAAUGAAAUAUGGUUACGUCACUUCCUCAUUCACCCCCCUCCUCCCUCCCCAACUCAAAGAGAGAAACAGAGGCAGAGAGAGAGAGAGAGAGGAAGAGGAAGAGGUGGGAGGUCUAUGGGAGAAUCUUGAACUGACUGCUGUUUUGGCUAAAACUCACCUGCUUGCCUGUAGACCAGCAGUGCAUUUCCUUCGUGUGUCUACUCAGAUGUAAGCCCCCCUGAUUUCAACAGGACUCCACUCCCAGGAGUCCAGCAUAUAGGAUUCCACCCUUUUAGGUCUAAUCAGGGGCCUCUUCAUACAGUUUUUGUCCUGGGAAUGGAAGGAACUUUGCAGCAAGAGGACUUUUUGGUCUGGAAGGGACCUGAGAUGGAUCUCAGAGGUAAAAUGUGUCUUCCAGGCCCAGCAAGGGAGGCAUCAGGAAAAGGCCCUGACUCAUUUGUAACUGAGAACUCUGGGGAAUUCCAAAAAAGAAGAGGGCAGAAGAUCCUGGAUAAAGAAGCAGUUAGUUCAAACACUCUCUGCCGGCGCUUCAGGCAUUUCCGCUACCAGGAGGCCGAGGGCCCCCGCGUGGUCUGCAGUCGACUCCACCGUCUCUGCCGUCAGUGGCUGAAGCCAGAAAGGCACACCAAGGCUCAGAUGCUGGAUCUAGUGAUCCUGGAGCAGCUCCUGGCUGUCCUCCCUCCGGAGAUGGAGAGCUGGGUCAGGGAGUGUGGGCCAGAGACCAGUUCCCAAGCGGUGGCCCUGGCCGAAGGUUUCCUCCUGAGUCAGGAGGAAGACAGAAAGCAGGAAGAGGAUCAGGUGCUGGAAGUGAUCAUCGAUUCCCCCAAGGCAGAGUUUGGCCUGCCCAGUACCUGUCAUAUCCCGUUAUUUGGGGUAAUCAACCAAGAGGAUCGUCCAUGGAACAUGUUACUGGGGAACGGGAUGACACCACCGCCACCCCCUGAAAUGUCUCUUAACGGCAGAGCAGAAGCAGCUGCUGUGCAACCAGCUCAGGGUCCCCUGUCCUUUGAGGAGGUGGCUGUGUGUUUCACCGAGGAUGAGUGGUCUCUGCUGGAUCCAGGCCAAAGAACAUUGUACAGAGAAGUCAUGCUGGAGAAUUCCCGGAAUGUGGCCUUGCUGGAAGGUGAUGGGUGGCCCAGUAAGGAUGAGGAGGGAUCAUCCGGAGAGUCAUCAGAAAGGAGCAAGUAUCAAGAGACAGAAGAGGAAAUCAGAAAUCACGAAGGGCCAAAAAAUCAGGAGGGGAAUCAGCUGGAGGUGUGGGUGAACGAAUCAGUUACUUGGCAGGGCAGCAGCUUCCCCAAAGUUCCUAUUCAGCAAGAAAAGCAGAAAGGAGCAAAGAGGAACGUCUGCCCGGUGUGCGGGAAAGGGUUCAGUCACAAAUCGGACCUUAACGUUCACUGGCGAAUCCACACAGGAGAGAAGCCGUUUAAAUGCCUGGAAUGUGGCAAGAGCUUCACCCAGCGCGCAAACCUUGCGUUGCAUCAAAGAAUCCACACGGGGGAGAGGCCGUACAAAUGCGCCGAGUGCGGAAAGGGCUUCUACGACAAAUCGAGCCUCGCUAUCCACCAAAGAAUCCACACGGGGGAGAAGCCGUAUCAGUGCUUGGUGUGUGGAAAGAGCUUCCACCAGAGCUUUGGCCUCACCUCUCACCAGAGGAUCCACACAGGGGAGAAGCCCUACGUCUGCUCGUACUGCGGGAAGGGCUUCUACGACAAGCCGCACCUCACUAGGCACCAAAGAGUCCACACCGGGGAGAAGCCAUACAAAUGCCUGGUGUGCGGGAAGAGCUUCAGCCAGAUCACGAGCUACACAUCCCACCAGAGAAUCCACACAGGGGAGAGGCCCUUCAUGUGCUCCCACUGCGGGAAGAGCUUCUACGACAAAUCCAACCUCCUCACCCACCAAAGAAUCCACACUGGGGAGAAGCGGUACAAGUGCCUGGAGUGCGGGAAGAGCUUCAGUCAGAAGAAGAACCUGACUUGCCACCAGAGCAUCCACACCGGUGAGAAACCUUAUCAGUGCCUGGAGUGCGGGAAGUACUUUCGCCAGCACACGGACCUCACUUCCCAUCAGAGAAUCCACACGGGGGAGAAGCCGUACCAGUGCCUGGAAUGCGGAAAGAGGUUCUAUAGGAAAGCCGAUCUAAACAGGCACCAGAGGAUACAUGUCGGGGCAGGGAACCCCAUAAUUUCCUGGAACGUUGAAAUGCCUUCGGAGGGGGUGUCGGUCUUGCGUCCUAUCAGAGAAUUCACCCAGGAAAGCCAGUACGUCACCCCCGAGAUGCUGCUGAAUCACCCCUUGUUGGUCAUUGAUGAAUCCACAUAGGAGAGGCUCCUCCUAGUUCCCCCAAAUAAAUAUUUGGGGUGUGGAAAGGGAGCAAGCUACGGUAUAUAAAUAUGCAGACUUUUAGGAUUAGGGAGCCCACCUAAUCCAGCAUCCUGUUCUCACAGUGGCCGGCCAAACAUCAAUGCAGACACAGACUGAUGCUGGUAGCUGUCACCCUCCUUUCUGAGAAAAAAAAGAGUAGGCCCCACAUUUAUUUACUUGGGUAUAUUAUAGCCUAUGGCAUCCUUCUGGUGAUUUCGGACUACAGCACCCAUCAGCCGCACACUAGUACGGCCACUGCAGUCCCAAAACCUCUGAGGGAGGCUGCUACAAUGCAUGUUUUUACGCCUUACUGGGUCCUGUUAUUAUUUCUUGACUGGUUUGCAUGAAGUUUCCUUCUAUUUCCCCUGUGCCUUAGUGUGUGUGUGUGUGUGUGUGUGUGUGUGUGUGUGUGUGUGUGAUUAUGAUGAAUAUACAGUAUACUGUAUAUACAUACAUUUGAUGCAAACUAUUUCUCUCCAUUGGCCUGGAUUUCUGACUGCCCCGGCCUUUUGUAGUCAAUGCACAUUAAAACAUGUUUAGCUAAUUUUAGAGUCGCUGCUUCCUUGUUUGGGUCUGAGUAGUCCCAGGAUUCUUGUGGGAUGUCUGGGUGUUCCGUAUCCAUUCCAGACCCUGGAAGUGGUUCCUGAGUACAGAUGUUCAUCAAACAGAAGCUUGCAGGAUGUGACUUUUAUGGUACAGCCAUCGAUAAUGCCAAAAAUGGGAGGCUCCAGCCAAAUCCAACCCUGGCCUAGGCUACACCAGAUGUGGUGGCCUACAAUCCAUAGAAUCACAGAGCACAUAGGUAAAGGUAAAGGAACCCCUGACCGUUAGGUCCAGUCGUGGACGACUCUGGGGUUGCGGCACUCGCCUCGCUUUACUGCCCGAGGGAGCCGGCGUACAGCUUCCGGGUCAUGUGGUCAGAAUGAUUAAGCCACUUCUGGCGAACCAGAGCAGCACACAGAAAUGCCGUUUACCUUCCCACCGGAGCGGUACCUAUUUAUCUACUUGCAAUUGACAUGCUUUCGAACUGCUAGUUUGGCAGGAGCUGGGACCCAGCAACGGGAGCUCACCCUGUCGCGGGGAUCCGAACCACCAGCCUUCUGAUCGGCAAGCCCUAGGCCAGGCACCCUCAAACUGUGGCCCUC